AAACAGCAAUAAUCACUAACCGCAAAAACCAAAUCAACAGAAUUUAGCGCCAAAAAUAAUCUCAAAAAAAAAUGUUUUCACUUCAACUCUCACUUUCACAUCCACUUCCUCUCCACAACCGCCGCAAGCCGUUCACAAUCCGGUCAUCUUCUCCAAGCGUUAAAGAAAUCCAAAAACCGCCGCAACAAGAGGUUCAUGAUACGGCGCCGUUUCCUUCGAUAAAAGCGGCAAAACGAGUGGUGCUGGUUCGGCACGGACAGAGCACGUGGAAUGCUGAAGGAAGGAUUCAAGGGAGUUCUGAUUACUCCGUUUUAACUCAAAAAGGAGAGGCUCAAGCUGAAACUUCUCGUCAAAUGCUUAUGGAUGAUAAUUUUGAUGUUUGCUUCAGUAGUCCGUUGAUUCGAUCGAAAAGAACAGCUGAGAUUAUAUGGGACACCCGUGAAGACGUAAUUGUUACUGAUUCUGAUUUGAGAGAGAUUGAUCUUUAUUCAUUUCAAGGACUUUUGAAGCAUGAAGGGAAAGAGAAAUUUGGUGCAGCUUUUAGUCAAUGGCAGAAUGAUGCUGCUAAUUUCAACAUUGAUGAUCAUUACCCCGUAAGGGAAUUGUGGGCGCGAGCUAGAAACUGCUGGGAUAAAAUUCUGGAUCAUGAAAGCAAGUCUGUUCUUGUGGUUGCUCAUAAUGCUGUUAAUCAGGCUCUUGUUGCUACUGCUAUAGGAUUGGGAACUGAGUAUUUUAGGAUUUUGCUUCAGAGCAACUGUGGAGUAAGCGUGUUGGACUUCACUCCGCGAGCCGAGGGUGGUUCGCCUUAUAUAUGUCUUAAUCGUCUGAAUCAGACACCAAACUCACCUGUUGCUGCUGGAAGCUCCGGGGGCAGAAAAGCCAGUAAGAGGAUCAUACUCGUUUGUCAUGGAACCAUACAGAGUGAUGCAGAGGUUGAAAAUAACAGGGGUAGUUCUUCUAAUUUUGAAGAUCAGCCAAUGAACAUGCUUGGAGUUAUUCAGUCCCAGAAAACUGCGGAGCUUCUUCUUGAUAUGAAAUUAAGCACUAUCUAUAGCAGCCCUAAGAAUGCUUGUGUUGAGACAGCCAUGGCGAUCUCCCGGGUGCAAGAGGCAGCCGAUUGCUUGGGUGCCGAUUGCGUGCCACGGUACGUAGAACUGAAACAAACAGAGGAUCUAGAUGUAGGAGACAUCCUUCGGCAAUCCAAAAAGGAUACAUCCAAGGAUUCAACAUAUAAAAAUGGUACUUCGAAUAGAUUCGAGGAUGACACACUUUUAGCACUAUGGGAUCAAUCCGGUAAAGCCUGGCAAUCUUUACUGAACGAAUUAUCCGAUGAAUCAGAAUCAGAUAAAGUAAUAGUUGCAGUUGGUCAUUCCGAAACUCACAUUGCACUGAUGACACAUUGUCUGAACCUGACCAAAGAUUGGAUAGGAUCAUUUCAUCUUGACGCAGGAAGUAUAAGCGUCAUAGAUUUUCCCGACGGACCUACUCAAAAUGGCGUCAUCAGGUGCAUAAAUUACACAGCUCAUUUGGGAAGAUGGUCUAUUCCCAUUACAAGAUCAACUGCAGAUGAUGAAGAGUUUUGAUUUAGUGUACUUGUUGUAUAGUGUCUGUCAUUUAAUCAGAAUGUAUAUCAGUUCUUGGUGAGAAUGGUGCUAAAACGAAAUGUAUAUUCGAGAAUUGAAUCCUAGUCGCAAAGAUUCUGAGCCUUUUUCGCUAGCUCGUUAUUAGAGGGACGGUAUCCAAAUUUUUUA